AUGGAUUAUGAAAUGGACAUCGAGCCCACUGGGCCUCAAGUCACAGUACGAGAGGCCGAACCCUACCGCGUUGACUUCAAACUCAGCUCCGUCGACCUUGCCUUCGCCAACUCUCUGCGCCGAGUAAUGCUCGCCGAAAUCCCAACCAUCGCCAUCGACCUUGUCGAGGUAGAAAAAAACACCUCUGUCCUCCCCGACGAAUUCCUUGCCCACCGCAUCGGCCUCAUCCCCCUGAACUCGAAAAAUUGCGACCAGGACGUCGAGUACACGCGCGAUUGCGAAUGCGAGGACCACUGCGCGCGCUGCAGCGUCACGCUCACGCUGCACGCGCGCUGCUCCGGUGACGAGAUCAUGGUUGUGUAUGCGCGGGAUUUGGUUGUGAGCGGUGAGCGGGCGAAUGAGUGGGUGGGGAAUCCGGUGAUUAAUGAUCCCGAGGGGAAGGGGCCGUUGAUUUGUAAAUUGCGGAAGGGGCAGGAGGUUAAGAUGACGCUUAUUGCGAAGAAGGGGAUUGCAAAGGAGCAUGCGAAAUGGAUGCCUACGGCUGCGAUUGGAUUUGAGUAUGAUCCACAUAACAAUCUAAGGCACGUGGAUUAUUGGUAUGAGGAGGAUCCUGUGAAGGAAUGGCCAGUCUCUCAUAACGCCGGAUGGGAACAUGCUGCUCCCCCAGACCAACCCUUCGACUACGACGCCCAACCGAACAACUUCUAUGUCGACAUCGAAAGCAUUGGUAAUCUCGAACCAGACAUGGUCGUCCAGCAAGGAAUUGUUGUUCUCCAGCGCAAACUUGCCUCCGUCAUCUCCGCCCUCUCCGGCACCGGCGACAUCGACCGCAACGGCGGCAUGGGCGGGGAAGACGAGGACAUGAUGGGUGUUCGGAGUCCGGACGCCUACGAACCUCCGGAGGGUAUUGAUGGUGGUUUUACGGCUUAUGCCAACGGUGGCGCCAGUGCUUGGGGUGCCAGCGCAGCAACCCCGUACGGAGCUACGCCGUAUGGCGGUGGCUACGGAUUCUAA